UUAUUAUGUCGGUUAUGAAGGAGUAGGCGAGGAAGAGCCUUUGGUCGCGGUCGAGGAGGUUCCCUUUUCUGAAAGCGAUGUGGACUGGUUCGUCAUCGGAGUGCUCAUUGUGGACAGAGACGCUGCUGGACAGGUCAUGACUGUAUAUGCGCGCAAUGUCUGCUCCUUCCCGCAGAAAUGGGGGAGGUCGACACGCAGCUCCAAGGGCUAA